ACGAUAAAAUGGCGCACGAGGCUGGCGCAAUGGAAGACGGGCAGCUUUCUGAUUCGGAUUCCGACAUGACUGUCGCGCCCAGUGACAAGCUGCUGCAGAUGCCGAAAGUUCUAGGUGGAGACAUUGCAGCGAGACCCUUCCAGAAUACAACGGCAGCAUGUGCACCAGUAUCACAUUAUCGAACUGUUACAAAUGUGGAUUCAAGCGAAGACAGUUUUUCUGAUUCUGAUGAUGACAACUCUAUUUGGAAGCGCAAGCGACAGAAGUGCUUUAAUCCUCCUCCCAAACCAGAGCCAUUUCAGUUUGGACAGAGCAGCCAGAAACCUAGUGCUGCUGGAGGAAAGAAGAUUAACAACAUAUGGGGUGCUGUCUUGCAAGAGCAGAGUCAAGAUGCAGUGGCCAGUGAACUUGGUAUCUUGGGAAUGGAGGGAACUAUUGACAAAAGCAGACAAUCUGAGACCUACAAUUAUUUGCUUGCUAGGAAACUUAAGAGGGAAUCUGAAGAGCAUACGAAAGAAUUAGACAAAGAGCUAAAUGAAUAUAUGCAUGGUGACAAAAAAAGGGAAUCAAAGGAAGAGGAAAAUGGGCAAGGUCAUCUCAAAAGGAAACGACCUGUCAAAGAGAGACUAGGGACCAGACUAGAAAUGAACUAUAAAGGCCGAUAUGAGAUCUCAGAGGAGGAUUCUCAAGAGAAAGUGGCUGAUGAAAUUUCUUUCAGGUUACAAGAACCAAAGAAAGAUCUGAUCGCCCGAGUAGUAAGGAUAAUUGGGAACAAAAAGGCAAUUGAGCUUCUGAUGGAAACUGCUGAAGUUGAACAAAAUGGCGGCCUUUUUGUAAUGAAUGGUAGUCGAAGAAGAACACCAGGUGGAGUUUUUCUGAAUCUCCUGAAAAACACUCCUACUAUCAGUGAGGAACAAAUUAAGGACAUUUUCUACAUUGAAAACCAAAAGGAAUAUGAAAAUAAAAAAGCUGCUAGGAAGAGGAGAACACAAGUGUUGGGAAAAAAGAUGAAACAAGCUAUUAAAAGUCUAAAUUUUCAAGAAGAUGAUGAUACAUCACGAGAAACAUUUGCAAGUGAUACAAACGAGGCUCUGGCCUCUCUCGAUGAGUCACAGGAAGGACAUGGAGAAAGAAAGUUGGAUUCAGAGGAAGCGAUUGAGGUUGAUCAUUCUUAUGAUAUAGAUAUCUUUUGAUGAUUUAGACAUUUUGGACAUUUGGACAAAUAAAUAAGCCUUUUUAAAAUAACAUUGUAAUAAUAACUUCCUACUAUGAAUGCUCUGUUGUACUUUGCACUGAAAAUCUGGAG